AUGCUGGUGCCAGCCCUCAGGGAGUCCCUGGCAUUGCUAUGCAGUUCUCUGCUCUGUCACAGACUUCAGCGCUGUCUGCUUUUAGCCUGUCUUGUUGCACAAAGCGUUGGAAGUGUGGAGAGAGUGAGGGGAUGUAGGAUCCCACAGGGCAGUAUUUCUGGACUGUAUCGGGAAGGAGAUAUAAUUAUUGGAGGCAUUUUUCCUGUUCAUGUCUACCGGGUAUUUCAUGAAUUGACCUACAAGAAUCCACCUCCCCCUGUAACCUGCAACACAUUUGUACCAUUAACAUUCCAGUGGCUGCAGUCCUUUCUUCUAGCUGUCAGAGAAAUUAGUAACUCAGACUCUCUACUGCCCAACAUCACCCUAGGCGUUCAUGUAUAUGAUUCAUGUGCUUCUCCAGGGAAGGCCUUGGAAGGAGUUUCCUGGUUCCUCACAGGAGGAGUCCACAGCCCAAUUCCUAACUACAGAUGCCGCUUGUCCUCACCCAUAGGAGGUAUCAUUGGGGAUUCAAGUUCUGCAAGCUCCUUAACCAUUUCUAGACUUCUAGGUCUAUACAGCUAUCCCCAGAUCAGCUAUUUCUCUACCAGUUCAAUUUUGAGUGAUAGAAAACAAUUUCCUUCCUUCUUCAGGACUGUGCCAAGUGACACUUUCCAGUCUAAAGGUUUAGCACAACUUGUCUCCUACUUUGGUUGGACAUGGGUAGGGCUCUUAGCUGAGGACACUGACUAUGGAGAAGAUGGUAUUAGAGCUACCAAGAUGGAGAUUCUAAAAUCUGGGUCCUGUAUAGCUUUCACAGAGUAUAUCCUCACAAGCCGCCCUGAUCGAAAUGCACCACAUCUCUCAAGGGUUAUUGCAGAGUCAAAUGCCAGUGUUGUUAUUGUUUUCUCCAGUGGUUCCAACCUUCUUCCAGUAGUAGAAGAACUUCUGAGACAUAAUGUCACAGGAAAGAGUUGGAUAGCCAGUGAUUCAUGGUCAACGUCAGCACUGGUGUCCAAGGAGAAAUACUGGAAUAUCCUAAGGGGGACCAUUGGUUUUGCUUUACAUAGUGGACAGAUUCCUAAUUUCAAAGACUUCCUCAUGGCAGUCCACCCCAACAAAACUCCUGAUGAUAUUUUCUUGAAAGAAUUUUGGGAGAUUACCUUUGGUUGUAAGUGGGAGAUAGCAGACACCCUGUUGCCUAUAACAGCCAGAAUAUGUACUGGUCAAGAGACUUUCGGAACUACUUUCAGUGAUAUAACUGUCCCAAGAGUUACCUACAGUGUCUACGUUGCUGUCUACGCACUUGCCUGGGCUCUACACAUUUUUCUAAAUCGUAGGCAGGCUAGAUGCCGUGAAAUACCUGAGCAAUGUCAGGAAUCUUUAGCUUUUCAACAAUGGGAGGUGUUGCAGUCUAUGAAGUCUGUCCAUUUCUGGACUAAAGACAACAGAGAAAUUUAUUUUGACUCUAAUGGUAACAUUCCAGCUGUAUACGAUAUAGUCAACUGGCAAAUAACCUCACAGGGCAUUGUACGACAUGUGAAGAUUGGGAGCUAUGAUAGCACAAAGGAAGGACAUACAAUUGUGGUGAACAUCAGCGCCAUCCAAUGGACAACAGGGAACACACAUGUUCCUCUCUCUAUUUGCAGUAAGAGCUGCCCUCCAGGGUUCAGGAAGGCAGCAAUACAAGGGAAGCCUAUCUGCUGCUUCCUGUGCGUUCCCUGCCCCAGUGGAGACAUCUCCAAUCAAACAGAUUCUGUUGACUGUCUUCGAUGUCCAUGGGACAAAUGGCCCAGCAUCCAACAGGACAGAUGCCUCCCGAAAACUAUUGAGUUUCUUUCUUAUGAUGAGUCACUUGGUUCUACUUUGGUAGCCACAAGUGUUGUGUCCUCUACAGUCCCAGUUGCAAUAUUGAGUCUCUUUAUCCAUUAUAAGACUUCUCCAAUUGUCCGAGCCAAUAAUUACACACUAAGUUGCCUUCUUCUCCUAUCUCUAUCUUUUUGUUUCCUUUGCUCUGUGACAUUUAUUGGAUACCCACAACCUGACAAGUGUCUUGUUCGCCAGGUGUUAUUUGGGAUGGUCUUUACCCUAUGUGUCGCCUGUAUUCUGGCAAAGACAAUCACUGUUGUCAUUGCCUUUAAAGCCACUAAGCCAGGAAGCAAUUUAAGAAAGUGGGCAGGUCCAAAUGUGUCCUAUAUUGUCAUUGGUUUGUGUGUGCUCAUUCAGCUUUGUUUGUGCACUAUGUGGUUAUCUUUCUCUCCUCCAUUUUUAGAGGAAGAGACUCAAACAAAACCUGGUGUUAUCAUUGUCAGUUGUAAUGAGGGUUCACCUACAGCAUUGUGGAGCAUGUUAGGAUAUUUGGGACUUUUGGCAACCAUCAGUUUUAUUCUUGCCUUCCUAGUUAGGAGGCUUCCUGAUAGCUUCAAUGAGGCAAAAUAUAUUACUUUUAGCAUGUUGGCCUUUCUUACUGUCUGGAUUACUUUCAUUCCGGCCUACCUCAGUGCCCAUGGCAAGUAUACAGUUGCUAUGGAGAUUUUUGCCAUACUUUCUUCAAGCUGGGCUCUGGUUGUCUGCAUUUUUAUGCCAAAGUGUUUUAUCAUCAUCUUUCGCCCUGAACUAAAUACAAAAGACUCUCUAAUGGGACAAAAGAAAAAAUGA